AUGUUACUAACAGACGAUAUGCAUAUUCCUAAUAGCUGCGGAUUUUCUCAUGACAUUACAUUGAUAACGGGUUUAUCUGACAAGGCAGAUAACGGUAAAAAUGGUUCACUUUAUAGUAAACGUCAUCAUUCUCCUCCUCCAAUGCGUGCACACCACCAACCAGUUAUGAAAUUCAACGCUGAUAUGUGGAUGCAGGACUUUAAACAAAAUGUUAUGGAAAAAUUGUUUAAAGAAGAAAGGUUUAAGGCUUUUCAAAAAAAACGAAGAGGAUUGGAAAAUGUUAUGGAUGUUAGCGACGAUGAAGAUUGGCAGGAACAACAAAAGAUCACUCCGGUGAUCGCAUCUUCUCAAUAUUUAAUCCAAUCAGUCGUACAAAAUGAAUGGGAAAAUUAUCAAUCCUCUCCAUUUUCUCAAUACCAACUUUGGUUACAAGAACAGCAAUUACUCUAUGCUGCGCAACAAUAUCAACAAACUGUUAUAGCAAAGAAUUUGCCCCCAGAAUGGUUUCAGUAUCGAGAAAGCACGAACAAUGAAUGA